ACUGCCUCCAGUGGCAGAAGCGUCGUUGCGCGUUAUUCCAGUUUACGAGCAGAAAAGUGCGUGAGUUGUUGUUUAGAUCGUCUUAAUAAGUAGUUAUAUUGCAAAACACAAACAAAGCAUACAAAUGAACGCUUUGGCGUUGAUCGCUUUCGCGCUCUGGGCGCUUUUCAUGCGCUACUUGCCGCACAUCGUAGAAUUUUUACGCAUAAGGAGAUUCGCGUCUACCAUACCGGAACCGAGUAUUGGGGAACUGAUCGAGAAUGCGAAGAAAGGACGAAUGCUGGAAUGGUUGAAUUCGCUUUACAAGAUACAUGGUCCUGUUUUUCGCAUAUGGUUCGGUAAGGAUCUCAUAGUCUUCUUUUCCGAUCCAGAGGACGUCAGGCAAAUACUAAGUAAUAACAAACUGUUGAAAAAGUCCAAGAGUUACGAAAUCGCCGAAAUAUGGCUUGGCAAAGGACUCCUAACCAGUGCCAACGAAGCCUGGCAACGUCGCCGAAAAUUACUCACACCCGCUUUUCAUUUUCGCAUACUGGGCGAAUUCAAGGAACCCAUGGAGGAUAACUGUCAAAUUCUCAUCAGCAAAUUGCGCGAGAAAGCAAACGGCGAGCAGUUCGACAUAUAUCCAUAUAUAACGUUAUUCGCUUUGGAUGCUAUUUCAGAGACGGCGAUGGGCAUAAAGAAGAAUGCGCAGAUGCAGAGCGAAUCGGAAUACGUGAAGGCUGUGCAGACCAUCUGUCGCGUCUUGCACAAGCGGCUCUUCUCAUUUUGGCAUCGCUUUGAUUUGAUCUAUCGCUUCACCGAUGCGUACAAAGAGAGCAUCGAAGCGCUGAAGGUACUGCAUGGCGAAACCAAUCGAAUGAUCAAGUUGCGUCGUCAAAUGCUGCAGGACACCAACAUACAUAAUAUGGCAGACGCUGAGAAAUCCGAUGAUGUCGGCGGUAAACGGCGUCUUGCCUUCCUCGAUAUGCUGCUGAUAUCGCAGCUAGAAGGUGGCGGUCUAACGGAUCUUGAAAUACGCGAAGAAGUCGAUACUUUCUUGUUUGAGGGUCAUGACACCACAAGCUCUGCCAUGGGCUUUUGCAUUUAUCUGCUCUCCCAACAUGAGGACAUACAGCACCGCGCUUACGAGGAGGCCGUAGCAAUGCAGGGACGUGAAAAGGAAACCAUGCAUUACUUGGAGGCGGUGAUAAAAGAAACGCUACGCAUUUAUCCUUCAGUACCAUCCUACUCGCGAAAAACGCAAGAAGACUUACAAAUCGGUAACAUAACAGUGCCAAAGGGAGUCGCUGUCAGCGUAUUGGCCUAUAUGGUACAUCGUGAUGAAAAUAGUUAUCCAGAACCCGAAAAAUUCAACCCGGAACGAUUUUUGGCCAACGACAAAGAGUUGCAUCCAUUCGCUUUCGUAGCAUUUAGUGCAGGACCAAGGAAUUGCAUUGGUCAAAAGUUCGCUAUGCUGGAGUUAAAGCUUGCGUUAUCGUCGCUUUUGCGGAGUUACGAGCUGUUACCAGUGAAGGAUUUCGUGCCUAAUCAUUUGGCAGAGUUGGUGAUGAAAAGUGGAAAUGGCAUACAAAUACGUAUGCGGCCACGAAAAUAAAAAGCGUUACAGUACAAUCGAUUUAAAGCUUGUAGAGUUUUGAAAAGCUUAAAUCAUAAAUAAUAUUAGCUUCUUUUCGGGUAAUAGUGGUUUUGCAAUUUUUUUUCUGAAGUGCAAUUGCUUUAAGGUGUAAAACCAAUUAUAUAGCGUAAAGUCCGCCAUAUGUUCGAAAAACUUGAUAUUAAUUAUA